AGUCCAGUCCAAGGCUGGACGCAGAUGAGGUUCGGACCCUUGUGGGUUAAGUGCAGUCUUCGCACAAGGCCAGCAUUGCAUAAGUGUGGGGUUCCCUGCAAGUAUGAAGGAAACUCAAGUGUGGAAAUCGAGGAAUCGGAAAAAACACCGCUCAAUCAGAUCUGAGGACAUUCCUUGCAUGGUGCAACUGUGACUCAGAGAGCGUGUCCCUGAAAUCGCUUCCUGAAAGCCCAGGAGGCCACGUAGACCCCGGGCCGGCCCAGAACCGGCCUCUGCCUGGGUGAAAGCUCCAGGCGACUACAGUGCUCCGCUGCCUCCAGGCAGGGGAAGCCUCCAGGAUUGCAGCCAUGCCCCACACCUCUGUCCUGGCUGGCCGGCUGCUUGCUCUCUGCUCUCCCUCUGGACUUUGAGCUCCUUGUCACCUGUGUCCCCAGAUGCCAGCACAGCCCAGGGGCCCUUGCAGUUCCUGCUGUCUGAAGCAGCUCAACAAGUCUCCCUGGAAUCAGUCUGCUCCCUGGGGCACCUGGCCUCUACUUUUGGCCUAGGGGCUGCCCGGGAGGCCAGGGCUCCCCCUCCGUGUUCCCUUCCUUCCCCUUGGCCUGGUGUCUGCCCUUGUCCCAAGGCUCCUGGUUGGCCCUGGCUGGGCCCUCCGAGCUUCCACGCCCGCAUCCGCAGUGUCUGGAGCCAGGCCUCUCUGGGCGCGGACGCUCAGCCGCUACCCAGCCACCUGGUGUCUGGGCCACCCCGUGGCUCAGCGGUGCUCUUGGUGGCUGAGCCAGGAGAGCCCCAUGUGGCGGAGGUGGCAGGUGGGGGGCAGCCUCAGAGGGCAGGAGCAAGGACAGCAGCCCACACACUGUGGUGGGGACCACGCUGCCUUGGCCUCUCUUGGUCAGACCCUUGCUUGGUCUGCACCGGGCCUCAUGUGUGGCAGAGGCUGAGACCUGGACAGGGGCACCUGUGCUGCUUCGGGGUGGGGACCCCAGACUGUGGCGGACGGGGAGAGUGGUGGCCAGAAGGAGGCGGAGCCCAGUGACCCGGGUGGCCUGGAGGCAGAGGUGGCUGGGUAGCUUCCUCCAGGUGCGGGGCUGCAGCUGGCCACCUGGCACAGGGAGCCCUGAGUGUGCCCGGCGAGGGCUGGGACAGGAGACGUCUGAGAAGCAAGGAGAGGCCCGUUCUCCAUGUUCUGCUCACGGCCUGCAGGGGUGGCCUGCACUGUUCCCCUGGUCCCCUCUGUCCCUCUCUCCUCUGAUGAAAACCGCCCUGGACCCUCUGCCCUGGGUACACAACUGUGGCUCCCAGUGGGCACUCCUGACUGGCGCUUCUCUCCAGCCCUCCAGCCCUUCCCUCUCACGGGGGCGGGGGCAGGGACAGCGGUCCUGGCCACACCAGCGCCCUGGCUGGAAGCUCCGGCCUGCAGCGCCCGGCCCCAGCCCUGCCGUCCUCUGCCACCAUGCCCUGGGGGCUGUCGCGCUGCCCCCGAGGGGAGCCCUGUCCGCCUGGCCUUGGCAGUGCCUCACGUCCCCACCCAGACUCCGCAAAGUGAGACCCAGGUGUGUUUGCCUUGGACUCAGCCCCGGCCCGGCACUGCCUGCCUUUCCUGUCAUUGCGGCCUGCGCCACCGGCCCUCAGCCCACAGUUGCUUCCCUGUGCCCCUCCUCAGGGAGCCCUGCGCUCCCACCAGGGAGGUGCAGGAAGGAAGAGAGUCCCUGGUCGCGUUUCCCUCAGGAGGAACCUGGGGUGGUCACGGGCCAGAGGAGGAAGCCAGGGGCACUGGGGCAACCGGGUCAGAUGGGCGGAAGCACCGCGUGAUUCCUGCAGUCACUCCAGGGCAGCUUCAUGCCAGGGCCUGGGCCGGAGGAAGACUGAGGACCCGAGAGGGCGGCGCAGCAGCCGGGGCCCCACAGGAAGGGGUGCAGAGCCUUGGAGAAGGACCCCCACCAGCCUGCUGUCCUCAGGGUCCUCUGCUGCCAGCCCUGGGCACUGGGAGGGCGUGUCUGGUUUCCCGGGCUGAGUGGAGGCGGUGAAGGCUGCAGAGGCCGGAAGAGGAGAAGAGGGAGGCGAGAAAGAAACCCCAAAGCUAGAAAGAGCAGGCAGGGCGGCCCAGUGCCACACAAAGCGCUGCGGGCUGGUAAUGACGCCCUGGCCCUCCAUAAUGGUGCCGAGGGCACCGCUGCCCGGUGAUGUCACCACACGAGUGCGUGCCCGUGGAGACGCUGGCGUCAAGCCUGCCGCAGCCACCAUCACCCCCAGGCUCAGCACGCGAGACUCGGGCAUAAUAAAGGGCUUCGGCAGCUGGCGUGCGGAGGAGCCCCGCCCUCGCCGAGGUCUGAGGGCAGACGCGGCUUAGGAAGACUCGUCUCCUGCAAACAGCUCUGUGUUCUGCCACAGGCAACGCCACGUCUCGGGUCUCGGCGCCACUCCCCUGGGGAGCGUGGAUGGCCGCGGCGGGGGACUGACACCCCCCGGGCUGGUGUGGGGCACUUGUCAACGUCAGCACCAGGGCGAGCGGUGAAGGAUUCCAUUCCCAGGGCACGCAUGCUGGGGUGUGUGCAAGGAGAGAUAGAAAAAUUACAUAGAGAGUUUAAAUCUUUGAAAGUUUGUUAUAGUAAAAGAUGCAUUGCCCAAGAUGAUAGGAUUGGUGUGUUCCAAGGGAUUUACAGGAUCGAUGAUUGUGUUUUUUCCUGUGAUACUUUUUUUUUUUUUUGCCUUUUUUUGAAAUAGGGUCUCACUAUGGAGUUCA